AUGGCUCCGCCGCCUAUGGCACCAUGUAAUGCGCAAUUUGGUCUUACAUGUGAUAAUGUAACACAGACAUGCUUACGUCCUUCGUCAAUAUAUUGGUCCUAUGCUGGAUGUGAAUCACUUUCGACAUACGCUGGUUAUUGUGGUAAGAAUGAAAGUUGUACUACUCAAGUUGGCCUUUUUUGUCGUUUACCUGGCUCAAAUACACCGUGUGAUUGCCCGCUUCAAUCAAAAUUUUAUACAUGUGAUUGUCAACAAGGGCAAACAUGGAUUACAACAACCAGUACACUGGGAAAAAAAAUAGCACCAUACGGAACCAUUUUUGAAACGAAUUCUAAACCCUCAAAAAGGUUUCGUAAAAGCCCAAGAUAGUCUCAAAAUUAUUAUCAAGAGUCCAGGAAACUUUUUCGAAGGU